AUGGCUCCUCGUCUCCGGUCCUCCUCGCGCACAACCUCGCGCAACAACACCAGGCCAUCAUCUCCUCACAGUGCGCCUGCUUCCCGGCCGUCCUCCUCUUCCACCUCAGACACCGCGCGGCCAAAGAAACAGCGCAAGACCGGCACCGAAACGCGUUCGCCGGUAGACGUCGUGGAGGAGGAAGAGCGCCAGGCCGAGCGCAAACCAGCUGGCAGUCAGAUGGACACCGUGCUGGAACAGCCGGAGCAGGCCGUCGACCCCCAGAUGGCGGUCCUGUCUGGCUUCCAGCAACUGGCUACGGCUGCUGGGCUGUCCACGAGCCAGGACAGCUCCCAGUUUGCCGGCCAGUCGUCGUCUGUUCUGCCAGCUCCAGAACAGAGUACCGAGCCCGAGCAACAACCAGUUCCCGCCGCAGCUCCGCGAGCGGAUGAAGAGACAUGGGUGGAACCACCCGUCGCCAUUCCAAAAACCACCUGCCGCGGGUAUGGCUUGAAUAGGGGUGGCCCUUACGGUUCCAUGCUGCCCCUAGGCACCAGGCCUACGCUGGCCGCCCGCCGUCGAGUUGGCCUCGAGCCCCCUGCUCCCACCACCACCACCACCGCCGCUGCCAGCAAAGUCACCAAGCGGAAAGGGGGCCGGGCCGCGAAGCCAAAACAGACACCGAAGAGUGCAGACGAGCGGCCUACCACCGCUUCCACUUCCGCUGAGGACGCAGCCGCCCUCUCUGAUAGUUCCCGUGCGGAGGGAAUCAUUCAGGGCGUCCUCGAGCGCGAAGAGCGGUCUCACCAACAGCCGUCUGCGCCUGCGCCAGCCAGCAGAAUGACACGAUCGAGAGCUGCCGGCAAGGGCAAGCUUGACGACUCGGCUGACAGCAACCACUCAGCCGAGCCAGCCGUCCCUUCAUCGAGGAAGUACACCUCGGAGAAGCUCAUGGACAUCCUCGGAUCAGCCAUCCUGCGUGCGGAGGAGUCUGAUGACUCCAAAGUCGCAGGUGGCCUCCGCUGGAUCAAGGAGGCUUCGGCCUCUGAUCCAUUUCUCCUUGGUGUCUUGGAGGGCGCCAUCAACAGAUCGGCGGACGCUCACCACCGAUCCGCCUUCCAAGCCUUGAUCAAGGACGCAGUCAAGCGCGCCCAAGCCCAACCAGAAGAGCAGCAACAACAACAACUGGACGACAGUGCCGCUGCCACAGACAUGGUACGCACUGCAUCGGCGACUACCACGUCGUCGCUCUCCACGGCCAAAUCCCUAGAUGCCGAUGCCUUCGCCCCUGUCGCGGCUGAGCCGGACUCAGCCAAUGCACCUACUACCACCACCUCAUCCAAGGGUAAGGGAGCGAGAGCAACCAAGUCCCGGGCUCGAGGCGGUAGAGGUCGUGCUGGUCCCUCGAGAGCUAACGCGGCCCUCCCAACCAACUCGGCUUUCUCACGGAAGCGCAAGUUGGAGGAGGACCCGGAGUUCUCGGAAGAAGCUGUCGCUGCGAAGCGCAGAGCACUAGAGGAGGCCACCAUCGCCGUGACCGACGAGGCCGAAGAAAGCAAUGUCCGGACAGCAAUGGAACCACCACAGGGUUGGGUCUUCCCGGGUCCUUCUGUCCCAUCAGACAGCGAGGGCCAGGGGUCGACCAUACCAGCUCCUGUGGCCCCGGCGCCCAAGGACAAAGCCGCCAGACAGCCUGCCACCGUCGGAACCAGCUCGACUUCCAAGAGAGUUCGCAAACCGAGAGUACAAGCGGAUGAAAUCGAUAACAUCGACUUCUGCCGUGCGUGCGGCGGCAACGGACAGCUUCUAUGCUGUGACGGCUGCGUGGACUCUUUCCACUUCACCUGCCUGCAACCCCCAGUCGACCCCAAAUCUCCACCGGCAGGCCAAUGGUUCUGUCCGGCUUGCGAGAAGAAGGGUCUUCUGGGCGGGCUCGCAGAGGUGAUGGAAAGCGUCCCGCAGACCGGCUUCUCGUUGCCGGCUGAGGUGCGCGACUUCUUCGCGGAGGUUGAGACCGGCCCUGGAGGAGAGUAUAGGGAUGUGCGUGCACUUCCCGAGGGCAGCACUCGGGCUACCAAACCAGCUCGGGGCAGUCGCGGAGGCGUCGUCGAGGAGAUAGAUCCCUUGCGGGUUCUUGAUGCUCACGGCAAGGUCAUCGCCUGUGUUCGCUGUGGCCUGUCCUCAGAGAACCGGCGACCGGUCAUCCUCUGCGACUACUGCCCGUCCGCCUGGCAUCUGGACUGUCUCGACCCGCCGAUGGCGAAUCCCCCUCGCCAGAAGCCGGGGAGUGACAAGCCCUACCAUUACUGGAGAUGCCCGAAUCACCUAGAGGACGCCCUCGAAGAACACUACCCGGGUAGGGUCCGACGACCCCGUAACCCCAAGUACGUGGACAUCGAUGUCCUGCCGGAAACUGACGAGGAGAGCGUCAUUGACGAGCAGGUCCAAGAGGGCGUCGUUCUACGCGUGAAGGAGAGCGGACUCGUCCAACGGUUCAUCACGCAUGUUUUGAGCGAACAUGCGGCGGAGGAGGAGGCCAGAGCAAAUCUACUUGGCGAUGAAACUUGCACCCAGGAAGCUGGACAGGAUGAGGCGCCGUCCGCGGUGCCCUCCUUCUCGCAACUUGGGUCGGCCGAGCAGGACGCCGUGGUAUCCCUUAUGGACAUAACAGGCAACUCGGGGGCCAAGCGAGCGGAGCAGCUCAUGUCUGGCCUCAUUGCUGGAACGCCCGAUGGGUUCCGCACCUCCUCCAAUGAACUUGAUAUUCUUCGAGCUAUUCAAGAAUUGGUAGGAAAGCGCAUAACUGCGCUUACUCCGACCUCUGAACCUACCAACUGA